CAAACCUCAACCUACCACAAGAGCAGAAAUGUCCGAGAAAGAGACGGCCACCAAGGCUGAAGCGGCUGAGGAGGAGUUAGAUGAUUGGUAGAGGCCCUGGAAGGUUGACGCCGAUGGUGAAGAUGGGCUAAUUUGCAAGGACAGGGAUCAGCGGAUUUUCAGCACUGGGUGCGCUGAAGAGCAAUUGCGGAUGAAUGAUUGUUACUAUGACAAGAAAGAUUGGCGAGUAUGUCGAAGUGAGAUGGAGGCAUUCAGAGAAUGUUGGAAGAGAAAUGGCAAUGAGCAGCGCACACAGUCUCGAGAUGUGGCAAAGCAAAAGUGACAAUUGAAUCAAUUCCAUGCUGCAUGCUGCUUUGAAGGGGCCUCAAGGAACCAUGUUCCAGACCAUCAGACUGCACCUGGGUCACGUGGGUUGGUGUUGGCAACGCGAUUCGAAAAGACUCUUUUGCAUUCAACUUCAGCCAACCUCAAUCGCAUCAAACAAGAGAUUUUGUAAGAAUAAUCCUGAUAUCUUGUACAAUAGAAAUCUCAAUUCUCUCCCACCGUUGUUUCUGUUGUACACCCAAGAAUCGCCUUCCUCCCAGACGUCAUGUCUUUAGCCUCGCGACUGUGCAGGCAGUGCAUGCGGUCCACGUUUCGCAGCCACCCUACCACUUCUCUCCCACGUCAAUCCCUUCACUCUUCAACCUCUCGCAGCGUCUAUACCGCAUCUCGGUCAUUCAAAGCCGAGCCUACUAUAGGGAAGGCUGCCUCACCUACGCCAACAGAAUCCACCACUCCCUCCUCAUCGCCAACCCCGGCCCUCGCUGACCAGCCCUUCAACCUCCAAGAAGAAGACCCAACGCACGUUGACUGGGCGACAUCGUUCCAUGGCCUUUCCGUACAACCAUUCUCCAAAGAAGCAGCAGAUGUCUUAUUAGCACCAAUUGUGGAACAUGACAUUGAGAUCAAGCCUGAUGGGAUCAUCUAUCUACCCGAGAUCAAAUAUCGAAGAAUCUUAAACAGGGCUUUUGGGCCAGGUGGCUGGGGUCUUGCACCAAGAAGCGAGACCAUUGUCACGGAAAAAUUAGUCACGCGUGAAUAUGCUCUACUUGCACAUGGAAGACUUGUCUCGAUUGCACGAGGGGAACAGGCUUACUUCAACAAGGAUGGAGUUUCUACAGCAUCCGAAGGAUGCAAGUCUAAUGCCAUGAUGAGGUGUUGCAAAGACCUCGGCGUCGCAAGUGAACUUUGGGAUCCUCGAUUCAUUCGAAAAUGGAAGUCAACGCACGCUCGCGAGGCUUUUGUGGAGCAUCAAGGAACUAAGAAACGCACAAAGAUAUGGCUGCGCAAGGGCGAUCCAGUUUCUUAUCCAUAUGUGGAGAAGAAGUGAUGAUUUUCGGAGCCAGCAAGUAUUUUGUCUAUCAACGCCAACCUCAACCAACAUACACGAUAUAACUAGGACCAAAUUUUCCAAAACUAACCGGUCGAUACCGGACCGCAUUUGCGUCCAGUUGGCCCCAACACGCCUUCAGCCCAGCUCCGAAUUCAAUCACACUCUAUGCCGGAAAAGCUCGGUGGCCUUCCGAACCCAGGUGCGUCUUGAGCAAUGAUUCAGGUACAGCAUUUGAGUGCGAGGCUAUAUCGUGCAUUUGGCCAUACAUCAAGCAAGAUAUGACGCUCCCUUGUUUAAAAAAGAAAAGAUGAGACAAGUUAGAUUUGGAAAUUGGGGUUAAAUAACUCAGGGCUGGUAGCUCGAAGCAAAGCAAGAGCUUCUUGAUGCCAAGAUUUGUAUUAUAGACGGAGGGUGACUUGGCCUGCGCCUGGCAGCCUAGCAUCCUAGCAGCCUCGCGGGUGUGUAAACCCGCGAACAGCCGCACUUUCACAUGCACGUGCACCACAGGCACAAUUGUUCAUAUGUAAUGUUCCUCAAA